GAAAAACGCUUUUUGACACCGAGGAGGGCAUCGUUGUUGUUUUUUGUUUAUCUCACUUCCGUUCGUGUGUCCCAUCAAAGCCUUCAUCUGUUCAUAAAACUAAAAUUACUAAAAUAAUCAAGUGAAAGAUGGCUAUGGUAAAGAGUGGUUGGCUCCAUCGACAAAGUACCAUACUGCGCCGGUGGAAGAGAAACUGGUUUGACUUGUGGGCUGAUGGACGGCUUGUGUUCUACAACGAUCAGCAGCGGCGUGACAUGGAGGACGACAUCCACAUGAGGGUCGACUGCAUUAACAUCCGGAGCUCGGCUGCAUGCCAAGAGCUGAACCCACCGGAGGGGAAGAACCGAGACGCCCUGCUGCAGAUCGUGUGCAGGGACGGACGGGUCAUCAGUCUGUGUGCAGACAGUGCAGAUGAUGCUCUGGCGUGGACCAUGGCACUUCAGGACGCCAGAAUCAAUGCUGUGGUGGCUACACCUCAGAUCGGCUUUGCACAGGAAGCGAUGGCGUCAGCUCCUCCCCCCUACUCAGAAUACGCUCCCCCACCUCAGGUCUAUGCUCCGGGUCCGUAUGGAGAGUAUGUUGCUCCUCCACCUCACGCUACUCAGAUUGUCUACUCUGCUGACGGGCAGCCCUACGCUGUGGCCUAUCCCUAUCAGUACCAAGGUGGCUACGCUGCUCCAGGAGUCAACCACGUGGUGAUCCGGGAGCGGCAGCGUGAGGACGGAGGGGACGUGGCAUUGGGGAUGCUCGCCGGAGCUGCCACUGGCCUGGCGCUUGGCUCGCUCUUCUCCGUCUUCUAAUGUUUUAACUGCUGUGUGUGUGUGUGUGUGUGUGUGUGUGUCCUGUAUUAGCAGCGCUCGGCUUCUUCUCUGCGCCGUCACAGGAGUCAAACAGUCUGUUGGGCUACUUUCCAUCUACGAAGCAUGAUUGUGAUGAGCAGCGAUUUACUCCCUACGUGUUCUACAGGUGCAUCUCAAUUUAAUUUAAUCAAUUUAAAUAUGAUAGAAAAGUUUAUUUAUGUCAGUAAUUCAAUUCAAAAAUGUGAAAUAACACAUUAUAUAGAUGCCUUACACACAAAAUGAAACAUUUCAUGUCUUCAUUUAUUUAAUUUCUUCUAAUUAUAAUGAUUAUGGCUUACAUUUAAUGAAGACCUUAAAUUCAGUGUCUCAAAAAAAAUGUAAUAUUACAAAAGACCAAAUUUAAAAAAUCUGUUUAUUAUGGAAAUGUUGGCCUCUGAAAAGUAUGUCCAUCUAUAUGACUCAAUACUUGGUUGAUUUGAACUACUGGAAAUAGACUUUUCAUCAUAUUCUAAUGUAUUGAGAUGAUCCUGUGUAUAUAUAUAUAAAUAUAUUAUACACACAGUAAACACUGUUAGCACUUUCUCUUGUCUGAAUAUUCUUAACCAAAAAAUACUCACUUUUUAAGAGUUAUUUAAGCGUCAGGAAACACAAUACUCCUUUUCUGUACUGUACAUUUCAGGUCCUGCCUGUUGGGUUUCAUGGAGCACAUUCCUUCUGUAUAUUUGCAGAAUUAUCUAAAUAGCCAUAAGUUUUUCUUGUGUUUGUUUUCUGUGUGCUGCUGGACUUGUUUUACACGUCUUUGUUUCCUCGGCUCCUCGGGUUAUUUGUGGUGGAGGCGGGCUGAGGAUGAACAGCAAUAAUAACUCAUAUUGUAGCAUUAUAAGGUACAUGAGAGGGUUCUGGUUGUGUGGUGAUGUCGCCACCACGAAAACGUCUGUGAGCGAGGAAACGCCGGCAUUUCCACCAUGUGCUUUGAAGUGAAAAGGGACGUCGCUCCUCAUAUGUGUAAUAAGCAUUAUCUAUGAUCUUUUGUUCAUUGGCAGCUGUUGAAUAAUACUUUUUAUUUCAUUUGGAACGUGUUUGAAUUUUGGUUUCGACACAUACUAAUCAGGCUGAUCAGUUUAUUUAGAGUUAGUUACAUUUCAGUCGGCCUGCAGUUU